AUGUCGUCGCAUCAAGAGCAGCCAGAUGGUGCUCGACGUCAAAGGCUGCGACGCGGAGGAUCGAGAUGCAGCCACUCUUGCCGGCUUGACGUACCGUCGCUAAACUUGGGCUCCAACAUGACCUUGCAACUAGCCCACGAACACAAUGGACGUUUGUUGGCGCAUGCCCACGAUAGUAGUCCCAAUCAGCGAACUCGCAUCUUGCAUGCUUUACGCGAUAGCAACGCCGACCUCAGCAAGGCUCAAAUGUUCGGACACUGUCAUCAGCUCACUGCAAAUCUCAUCGAGUCACUGUUGCAUUAUCUGCUCUUUGCUAAAGGACAGCUCCCCGAACCCAUCAACCAGUUGCGCAAGAGAAAGGAGUCCAAUUUGUGCGGUGCUCGCUCUGUAACACGACGCCGAUCCUCUGGUAGCUCGAACCGCACACGAAAAGAGGAUAAGCUACUGCGUAAGCUAGAUCAUCUUGGACGACUUGUGCAAGAUGCAGCGCAGCAUCUGAGUUGGCUAGCUGACAACAAAGGCGAGGGACCCUCAAGUCGCCCGUAUCCACCAACACAACGCAGCAGCACCUCGAAAGAUCUCAGGCUGCUGGUCGUACUGGGCUCGAGUGCUACCAUGCCUCGCCAUGUUUUCGUGCUCGAUCUCAUCCAGUGCUUAGGCAGGUGCAGCAUCACCGAUGACGACAUUCGAGAUCUGGUCGAUUCCGAUGUAAAUGGCAGUGUCGAAGAGGCCGAAACGCAUCUAGCUCAACUUUUAUCGGAAGAGUCUGGAAAGAAGCGUGAUGCAGCCAGGAUGAAAACUAGCAGCAAUUGGGAGCGCAAGCUGGUUCGCUUGCUUGUCAGUGAGCAACGCCUCGAAGCCUUCUUCGGAUCACCCUUGACGCCAACAAAGACUCAUGUGUUUCUUAGCGCGCCCCUCUCCUUUCGGUGUCCCGGAUGGUCGGCGCGUCCUCACCUCGACUUUGAUCUGGAUUCUUUGUGCGAGCCCGAUGCGACGACAUCGGAUGACGUGGAUCUUGUUUGCGACUCGGUAGACACAAGCAUCUUACUACCAAAGCUUGGUAGCGCUACUUUGUUGCACAAGAGAGCGCCACCGAGCCCGUUGCAAGGCCAGGAGGCAAAGUGGCUCAAGAACAAGUCGGCACGCGAAUCGUGCUCUUCUGUGGCAGAUUCUUGGCCCGAGGAUAGCGCCUCGGAGCAGUUCGGCGAGUCGAGCAUGAGUUCUGUCUCGGAUGACAGUCGACCUGCAUCAGUCGCAGACAAGCCUUGGCGUUUCGGUUGCAGCCAAGCGGCAUCAGUUGCAGAAGGCUGGCUCGCAAAGUGUAGCAGCGAGCAUUCGGUCCAAUCGUCUUGGCUAAAUCAUGGAUUGCACAGCAUCGAGACGAGCCGUACUGGAUCCUCGCUCGGGUCAUCGACAGUGUAUGGCCACGACUCGCACGACGCAGCGAUAGAAUCGUCUCGAGAAGUCGCUCCAAGCUGUGAAGAUGGGCAGGAGCCAGAUAUCCAUUACCAAGGUGCGACGAACGAGGUCAUCAAUCAGGUUCCAGCAGCUUGUGUCGCAGCACAUGACGGCAAACUCGGUCCUAGACGUCGGUCUCGUGAGCCCAAGGAAGGAGGGCUACUCAGCCGUAAUCUACUGAGAGCCAAGCACAGCCGACAAACUGGGUACACAGCAUCCGAUUCGAGUUCGGUGCGAUCGGUUGCCUCGUCUCUUAGACGUGUACCUCGUUGUGCUGGUCUACGGAUCGACUUUUCCGACGCGGAGCCAUCGUUGAUAAACGACUCGCUCAUCAAAGAAGCGGAUAGUAUUACCCAAGAGCCAAGAACGGAGCGCUGUUGGUUUCAAUGCGAAGCGGUGCUAGAAGGCUUUCGUUGA